AUGUCGCCGAUGCUAUUAACCCAACAGACGAAGGUCAGAAACAUGAGCAACAACGUUAGUGAAUGCGGCAUGCUGCUUGCCGAUGUGAUCGGUCAUGAAAAAGAUGUAGCCGAGAUUGGUUCGACUGUUGAUGCUAAACUACGGUGGCUACGGUCACAAAUAAUAGGUGGGAUGGCUGAGAUUUCAACGCCAUUUGGAAGACGUAAGCUCACGUAUGCAGAUCAUACGGCGACAGGUCGCUGUCUUCAAUACAUCGAAGAUUACAUCAUUCAGACUGUUCUUCCCUUCUAUGGCAACACUCACACAAGCGAUAGCUAUGUCGGCAACCGGACCACGAAAAUGCUUCACGAAGCAACCGACUUUGUCAAGAAAUGCUUAGGCGGAACACAAGAUGAUGCGCUCCUUUUCUGCGGUUCAGGCACCACGGCAGCCAUUAAACAACUCCAAGAAGUCAUGGGAAUCGCGAUUCCAUCGAAUUUAAGAGAGAAAGUUAUAAACUCCUGUGUUGGAAUUCAAGAAAGAUGGGUGGUUUUUGUUGGUCCUUAUGAACACCAUUCCAACUUCCUCUCCUGGAAGCAAACCCUAGCAGAAGUAAUAGAGAUCGGUUUGGAUGAUGAAGGAUUGAUCGACAUGCAUGAUUUGAGGUGCCAAUUGGAGUUUUAUCAAGCCACUGGCCGCCUGAUGCUGGGUUCUUUCUCUGCUUGUAGUAACGUCACCGGAAUUUGCUCCGAUACCCGUUCUCUUUCUCGCUUGCUUCACCAUUUCGGUGCUUUCGCAUGUUUUGAUUUUGCAGCAAGCGGUCCAUAUGUAGAGAUUGAUAUGAGAUCAGGUGCCAGUGAUGGCUAUGAUGCCAUAACUUUAAGUCCACACAAGUUUCUUGGAGGCCCAGGAUCACCAGGGAUUCUUCUGAUGAACAAAGCCUUAUACCAGCUAAAAGAUUCUCCCCCUUCAACAUGUGGAGGUGGCACUGUUAACUUUGUCAAUUGCUUCCAUGAAAAGGACACGUUAUAUGUUGAUGACAUUGAAGAAAGGGAAGACGCGGGAACACCGUCUAUUAUCCAACGAGUGAAAGCAGCUUUAGCGUUUCAGGUAAAAGAAUAUAUCGGUUGUGAAGUUAUUGGCAAGAAAGAGGUAGACUACAUUGAAAGGGCAAUAAAGAGACUUGUGAAGAAUCCAAAGAUAUGGGUGUUGGGAAAUACAGAUACAAAUAGUGUUGUAGAAAGACAAGCAAUUUUAUCCUUCCUUGUGUAUACAACUACAUACUCUUCAGCUAAUGCAGCCAGAGAGACAAGAGACAAGCCUCUUAGUGGUGCUUUUGUUGCCAAGCUUAUGAAUGACCUCUUUGGCAUCCAAGCUAGGGGAGGGUGCGCUUGUGCCGGACCGUAUGCUCAUCGCUUGCUUCGUAUCGAUGAACCACAUUCAUUUGCAAUAAAAUCUGCAGUUGAAAUGGGCUACAAUGGAGCAAAGCUGGGUUGGACAAGAAUAAGCUUUCCGUACUACAUGUCUAAUGCGGAAUACGAAUUCAUUCUUGCUGCAAUAGAGUUCGUAGCUAUUUAUGGACAAAGAUUUCUUUCCCUCUACCAAUUGAAUUGGAAUACGGGCAGUUGGAGUUUAAAGGAUGAAGCUUUGGAGGAGACUUUGGUCGACUGUAAUCUUUAUGUACUGAGAGCAUUACAAGUGAUCAAAAACAAGACGACCGAAAAGGUGAUGGAUUGUGAAACGAAGGAUGAUGGUGAUACUGAUUUUGAUAAAUUGUAUGCUUUGUAUCUAGAGGUUGCAAAGCACAUAGGGAACAAACUUUUAAAGUUCCCAUCUCAACGUAUCGUUCCAAACCAGAUAGACGUCAACCAUUUGUUUUUUCGAGUUUAGUUGCAAUCAAAUUGAUGAGGUGUGAGUUGAUACGGAACA